AAGAGAAGCGCUGCUCAGCACAGCAUAUACACGCUCUGUUAUGAAUAUGCGGCACAAAGCGUAACAGGCAAUAGGUAGAAGAAGCAGCAGCAGGCAACGGAAUGCCGUUGUAUGCGGUGCUAUGGAAUCCCUCAUGACAAAAUCAAUAGAGGAUACCGAAAACAGCUGAGCCGCCAGGCCGACAAUGUAAACAGACGAAAGAGAGUAUGAGUGUGUGAGUGUGUAAGAGAGUUUAACUAUAAAUAGGGCAAGAGUUGCACAUUCACACACACACUCUCUCUCUCUCUCUCCCUCGUUCUCUCUCUCUCUUUUGGUCUGGGAAAAUUCGUGACAGUAUUUAGUAAAAUUUUUGCGUUUUUCCACUUUAGUCAAACGCAGCUCUUCAACGUUGGCGGUAGCCGAAAAUCAAGCGGAUCAACCUCGGCACACCACAACACUUACACUCCAACACAGACACACAUACACACACAUAUAUAUCUAUCAUAUAAAUAAAUAUAUAUAUACAUACACAUAUAAACACAUACACAUAGCAACGCGCGCGACAGUGUGUGUGCCAUAUGUGUAAUCAAAACGUAGCCCCGCCGCAACUAAGAGCAAAAGUUUAUAUAUAGAAAAUUUCAACGCGCACAGCUGAGGGAAAACUAAAUUCGUUGUGCAGCUGAAAAUAAAUUUUGAACGAAAAACAAGCAACAGCAACAACAACCAACAACUGCACAAAUUAUUCAAAUUCAAUUCAAAUAAAAACGUGAAUUUUUCGUAACUAGAUUUGCAAAUAUUACGCAUACGCCGCAUGUGCUAGAAAAGUAUUUAACGAAAAAAAUAAGCAAAGAAAGAAAGUAACGUGUGGCGCCAGCGUCGGCGUCGCUGCUGACGUCGCGACUCCACCCAAAAUUGUAUACCAAAUUUGGUAGCAAAUGCAGUGAGUUAGUAGCGCUAACUGACUUGACUGAGUGAGUGUGAGUGUGUGUGUAUUUCGGUUGUGCACAACCACAGCCAAGGAGGAACACAACAAAUACAAGAUUGAAACAUGCUAGCAAAAUGUUUGGUACAUGCGAAAAGUUGAUGACACAUUUUGCUGUCAUUUUGACCGCAUUUCUAGCCGCUCAGCCUCUGUUAUUGCUGCUCAUUUGCGGUCCCCCAGUGUCGCGGCAUGCCGGCCCCGCCUCCUCCACAUUUAUGGUGCACGCCUCUGCCGCGGAUGAAGCCGUUGGCAAAUGGGCGACCCAGUUUGGAGACGAGCUAUUCCUGCUGGCCCAGAAGAUAACCAAGUCGCAGCAGAUCAAAGAGAAAUACAAGGAAUACAAUGCUCGAGUCGAGCUCAAAAAUGGCUCCGAACUAAUUAAGUCAAUAACAGCAAAUGUGGGCAAAAUGUUAGCGCGCAAAAUGGAUGCCGUGCGCUGCAUACAGGAGAAGGCCGAGAGUGUCAAUGAGAAUUUCGAAUUCAACCUGACCUAUGCGGAGACUAACUUCACCUACUACUCGAGCAAGUAUUCGCCAUUCAAUGGCAAUAGCUCCGAGGAGCUGGAGGCCAAUGUUAAGGAGUAUGAGUAUAUGUAUCGCGAGAUGAUGCUCAAUCCGGAUACACAUUUCUACAAUAUUUCCGUGGACACUGAGCACAGUUCGGUGCACGUGCCCUCAAAUGUUUGGGAUCGUGCGCCGAAUGUGCUGAAGACAAUUCAGUGGUCGGAAUAUCUAGAUGAGGUAUUCCGCCAGAACUAUCAGUCCGAUCCGGCCCUGUCGUGGCAAUACUUUGGCUCCGAUACGGGCAUAUUGCGUCAUUAUCCCGCCGCACAGUGGUACGACUCGCGCGCGAAUAAACUGGACGCGGAUACGUAUGAUUGCCGCAAACGGUCAUGGUAUAUAGAGACGGCCACCUGUUCCAAGGAUAUUGUCAUUUUGCUGGAUCAUUCGGGCUCAAUGACGGGACAUCGACAUCAUGUGGCCAAGUUCACAAUACGCAGCAUAUUGGAUACGUUCUCCAAUAACGAUUUCUUUACGAUUUUCCGGUAUUCGAACGACGUGCAGGGCAUAAUACCCUGCUUCAAGGACGCUCUGGUACAGGCGACACCCGAAAAUAUCGAUGUCUUCAACUCGGCCAUAGCCGAACUGGACGAUCCCGAGGGUUAUGCGAAUCUAACGCUGGCCUACGAGCACGCCUUUCAAAUACUACGCAACUAUUAUAUCAAGCGAAGGUGCAACGAGACCUCCACCUGCAACCAGGCCAUAAUGCUGGUCACCGAUGGCGUGGCGGGCAAUACGACCGAUAUUUUCGAGAAGUACAACUGGGGCAAUGGAGAGAACGGCACUUCACGCAUGAAUGUGCGCAUCUUUACCUAUCUACUGGGCAAGGAGGUGACCAAGGUGCGUGAGAUUCAAUGGAUGGCCUGCCUGAAUCGUGGCUACUAUUCGCACGUGCAAACACUGGAUGAAGUCCACGAGGAAGUGCUCAAGUAUGUCGAUGUCAUAGCUACGCCACUCGUACUGCAGAAUGAACAGCAUCCGCCCACCUGGACGCAUGCAUUUACAGAUAAAACGUAUGAUCCUUUGAAUUCGAAUGAGCGACGACCGCGUCUUAUGAUAGCCGUUGGUGUGCCCGCCUUCGAUCGCUCCUAUCGCCACGAAAAUAGCACCAAAAGACGGGCACGUCUCCUGGGCGUAGCCGGCACAGAUGUGCCCGUCGAGGAUAUAGACAAAUUGACAUUGCCUUACAAGCUGGGCGUUAAUGGCUACUCAUUUGUGGUGUCCAACAAUGGCUACGUACUGCUGCAUCCGGAUCUGCGGCCUCUUGGUUCCAACAACAAAAUGAAUCCCAACUAUAAUAGCAUUGACUUUACCGAAGUGGAGCAUUUGUUUGAGGAUCAGAAUCCCCGUGAGCCGGGUGAAUCCAUUCUAAACAUACGCAGCUCUAUGGUCCAUAAUGAGGCCAAGGAAUUUAAAAAUAUUCCGGUCAAGUUCCAUUAUGACAAAAUGCGUCGUGUCUCGGAGGAGAAACAGGAUUAUUUCUUCGCUCCAUUACCCAAUACACCCUUUACUUUGGGCAUUGUUAUGCCAAGCGAGUAUGGCAAGACUUGGAUCAAGGUCGGCGAUGAGGUGGACAAGAACAAGCACAUGAAGGUCAACAUAUCGGAUUUCUUCAUUGGCGAAAACUGGAAAGUACAUCCAGAUUGGGUCUAUUGCAAGUAUCACUAUCUGGAGGGUCACGAAUUCAAGACACCUGAAGCGGAGCUGCGCGAGUUUUUGGAAAAGAUGAUGAAACCUGAUUGGAAAUGGCCCGAACAAUAUGCCGAGGACGAAUCUGAUUGGGAUGACAAGGAUGACUUAAACUGUGGUCGCAAAACGCUCGGCGACGAUGCCUACUACUGCAACAAGGAGCUAGUCCAUUUGCUCAUUUUCGAUGCCAAGGUGACUAACUUCAGUUACGGUGUGUGGAAAUUCGAGAACGAGCAGGAGCGUCAGCUCAUUGAACGCUUUGGUGCCACACUGAGGUUUGUGGCCACCAUGAGCGGCCUGACACGCUGGCAGUUCAUCUUUGGCGAGGUGGAAGUGGAUACGGAUCGGGAAUUUGGCGACUAUCAUACAACAGCCAUCGAUGAGACCUGGUACAAGAGCGCCAUACUGCAGCAUCAUCAGGAGAAUACCGAAAGCUUUGUUUACUCGGUCAAGCACUACAACGAUCCGCUCGAAGACAGCGAUCUAAAGGUGACCGCCUCGCACGCCAUCUUUCCUCGAGAUGGCGGCAAAGAGGCGCCCGCCUGUGUCGUCGGUUUCCAGUUCUCACAUGCGCGCAUGUGGGAACGCUUCUUCAACAUAACAGCCGUGGAUAAUUGCAACAAUUGCCUGCCCAUCUGCACGGAUGAUGACGUCGAUUGUGUUGUCAUCGAUAACAAUGCGUACAUCGUCGUCGGCCAGAACAUAAAUACGACUGGAAAAUUCUUUGGCGAAUUCCAUGGCGAUGUCAUGGCCGCCAUGGUUCAGAAGGGCAUCUUCAAAAGCAUCGAGGUCUAUGACUACCAGGAGCUAUGUAAAGUAGAGCCCACAACAGUCAGCGAUGGACACAGUUUGCUGCAUCCGCUGCAACUGCUGGGCCUAGUUUGGAAGUGGCUCAUAGCGCAGCUCUUCUUGACCUACCAAAGGGUUCAGUGGUGGGUAGACGGAGCGCCCUUUUUGGAGUACUUGGACAAUAUUGAGGAUGAGUAUGUGGCCGUGGGCGACAUUAAAUCGGCAUCGGCGGCUAAGCCCAAGGACGAUGGCGAUGAUGGUGAGGCAAUAUUUCAAGAGCCCGAACCGGAACCGAUCUACAAGCCGUGUGACAUGCGCUCUACUUUGUACGCGCUGCAACCCUCUGCAUUGGUGGGCAUCAAUGAUUUUAUAAAUGUGUCAUCAACGCGUCCGUUUCUGAUCAAGAAAAUACCCAACUCGAAUCUGGUGAUGGUGGUGGUCAAUGUGCUGAUGCCAUCGCGCAGUGUACGCCUAACCACCGAGCCGCAGCGCAUAACUGAGUAUGAGGAGGAAUUUCCCUGCUACAAACUAAAUAUGAGUUUCUACGAUAGGCGACGCAUCGAGGAAUGUUUCACAGAGCACGAGGAUGAGGAACUUUUCACCUACUGCGGCAAUGCCUCGCGGCUGGGUCUGACGCUUCAGCUGCUGCCGCUGACCAUAAUUUUGAUGUUUUACUUGACGCGCUGCUUUAUGCGCGUCUAGUUUAUACACUCUAUACAUUAUAUAUAUAUACACUAAUGCGAUCUGUUUGUUUUUAGAUUGUAAACUAUUGUGUAGUACAAUUCUAGUCAAAGUUUAACAACCUAGAAGAAAAAAAAAAAAAAAAAAAGGAAACCCAAAGCACAAUCUUAAACAAGUUUAGCAACAGCAAAAACAAAACAAAAAAAAAACAAAAACCCAAUUUCAACUUUUAGACUUAUAAAAUACGCCAAAUGUUAAGGAAAACGAGAGUACGAAAAGGAGGGAAAAGGAUAUAUGUUUCUAGCAGCUUCUAAAUAAUAUUUCUUAAUUUCAAUUCUUUAGCUAUUACGAAAAAAGCAAACUUUGGAAUGAAAUUUAUGUUUUAUACUAGCUAAAAAGUCCACGUUUCAUUAACUAUUUUGGAUAGUUUAAACAAAUGGUAAAUACCUAAUGCCAAAUAUUAACUAAAACUAUGAAAGAGAAAAGUGUGAAUGUAAACAAAAAUAAUUCAAAUGACAAUUAUUUUUGUAAUUUUAUAAAAUUAGUUGAUUUUUUAUAAAAACGCGAUGAAAUGUAAACUUAAAUGAAACACGAACAGACACACAAAAUACACUAUUUCGUCCCUUGGCCCAACCGAAAAAUAUAUAUAUAUUUAAUUUAUAUAUAUAUAUAUAUAUAUAUAUAUAUAUAUAUAUAUAUAUAUAUAUGGAGAGCAAUCUUUUGCAAAAUUCAUUAGCUUUUUCGUAAACAAUCAAACAGAUUUUUUAAUGAGAAAUAUUAUAUGAUAAUAUAUUGUAUACUAGUAUAUAUGAUGCGUGGUGUAUUCAAUGUUUAUAUAGAUAUUUUGUUAACGGCUAUUCAAAGUUUAUAUAUGUUUUUUGUAUAUGUAUUGCAAUAAUGUACUAAGUAUUUGUUACGAUUUUAUUGUAUUUGGUUUUUUCUUUUUGAAAUAAUGAUAAAAUAUGCACUAAAAUCUAAUGUUAGCUUCGGUCUAGUCGAAGAUCUAAAUACCCUUGCAGUUGGAACUAUGUUGGGAGGUAGAAAGAAAGAUUCCAGGCAAUCCAGACAAUUGGUAUCAUACUAAGAAAUAUGUAUAUAGAAUUAUAUACAUAGAUCUACAAAUAUAUCGAAUUAUAAACAGAGUGAUCCGAUGAAGAAGUAUAUCUUAACCCAUCUUUUACAAGUAUCCUAAUUACAGACCAUCGUAGUUAUAUAGAUAAGAUUUUUAAAGAAAGGAAACUUAGUUUAAAAUACAUGUAUUACAUAGAACCCGUCUCGAUAUAGAGCCCAAGUCUAACUGCAGCGGUAUUUCUAUUAAAUAGGACCACCUGAAAAGUAUGCAAUACUUAUUUCAAGAACCUCAGUUAACUUUGCACACUAACUAUACCGAUUUUUGUUAGCUAAGCAAAAUUCAACAUUUACACGAGCAACAACUACAAACAAAAAUACCAAA